AUGAUAAAUCAGCCAGAAACAUUUUUCAAAAUUGUUUAUCGCACUUCGAAACCAGAUGACAGGCGUAAAAUUUUUGAUGGAAGUUCUAUGACAGGAAUAGCUAUUGAAGGCAUAGAACGAAGUCCUUUAAUCAGUCAAAAGCAUAUUGAAGAAGCAGGGCAUUGGAUGAUGGUAGAACAAACACAUCAGCUUAAUGAAUAUUUAGGGGAAUAUUUAGAAAAUUUAAAGAAGAUUGAAGAGACGUCGCAAGAUUCCAAAAAAAUACCUCAGAAUAAUUCAAAAUUAUAA